AUGGCUUUGCCCGAUCUUGAAGAUCAUUUGGCAGAGAAUGGCGUUGAUCCUGCCUUAUCGUCUCAUUUGAUUUCAGGUGGCUGGAACUCACAAAACUUUGCAGCAGUAGUGGAUUCCAAAGCAGGAUUUACAGAUGAUAUCUGGGCUGAACUCUCAGAUCAACCGAUUCCCCUGGUUCAGCGUGCAAACUUGAAAGUGGCUUGGCAGCGUCUUCAACCGGAGACUGUGUCUACGAGCGGCAGCACCAUCAGCGAGUGUAUGGGCGUGAACGCCAUCAGAAACAUGCUGGAGGUGCACAACACUGCGUUAGCUCUGGUAGGGGCUUGUCAUUUGCAACGACUUCGGGCCUACACAUUGAAAUUUAUGGGGUUCCUGACACAACGCCUGGACUCCGAUUCUGGACUCAGGCCACCGAACGUCCUGGAAUCGCAAGCAGCUGACAAAGCCCUAUGGCAGAUGAUUCAUGACUUGGUGAUCGACCAGAAAUUUACGUUGGAUAAUGCUUUGCAUGAGGUGACCCACCUGCGAUCAGAUAUGGCUUCUCUACUCCAACCUCGGCCGAAGAUAUCAGUUCGUCCAACUUCCACAUCCAGCUCUGCGGCGGCCCCAGUUUCUGCCAAAGGUCGUGGGAAAUCCAAAGGGAAGUCAAAACAGGGCGGAAAAAAGGGCGACACCACUUCUCGUCCUACUUGGGUCACCGAAGCCACUGUUCAAGGAAAACGACAUCAGCUUUGCAUGCAAUACCAAUCCGGGAAGUGUCAAAAGGGUGACACUUGCAAGUUCAGAGCGGGCUACCCACUGACAUCAGCCAUGCUCAAUCGUGGAUGCAAAUGUUUCCCGGUGGAUAAGCUGAUCGAUGCCAAAAUGGAUCUUUUGGAUAAUACUUUCUUUGAACCUUUACUACGAGCACGGAAUCCAGACGGAUCUUACAAAAGUCGAGCAACGGCUGAAUAUCCAUCUGAGAUGUGUUCUGCCAUAGCGGACAUCAUAUCACCACUCUGCUCUCCGGAAUUUGGUGACAAACUUGCCAUUGGGAAAUUAGGCAUCCCGAUUGGAAGCACCUUGCUGGCGGUUCGACAUCAAGCUGUGAUGCGAAGCUCACACCAGCUGUGUGGGAACUACUCUUUGGAGAUGCCGUAUGUGGUCUGGGGCGGCAUGGCCAUCAAUGGCAGCCUUUGGUCCUGCUGGCUACUUGAAGUGCCUGGUGUGGCGAAGUUCACACCGGCUUGCUGGGUUUGCUCCGCAAUCUGGCAGCUUGGCCCCGCCUGA